GGGGAACCUGGCCCCAGCGACUCUGCCCUGCCCUGCCCCGGACAGCGGCGGGGGCUCCCGAGCUGUGCUGCCGCCUGUCUCGAGCACAUCAGCUGAACUUGGGCUCUGACUUCCCCACUGUGAAAUAGAGACACUCGCGCACAGCCGUGUGGCCGCGGCUCGGCUGCCAUGAGCUUGCUGCACAGCGACGGCAGCUGCGGGGCGCGGGAGGCGCAGAGCGGCUGCUGCGCGGCCAUGGCCAGCGCCUGCAGCACCGCCGCCAAGGACGAGAGCGGCAGCGCGGGCAGCGGCGCCGGCAGCGCGCCCGCCUCCUUCACCGAGGAGACGCAGGGAUACGACGUGGAGUUCGACCCGCCCCUGGAGAGUAAAUACGAGUGCCCCAUCUGUCUGAUGGCUCUGCGGGAAGCGGUGCAGACGCCGUGUGGCCACCGUUUCUGCAAAGGCUGCAUUGUCAAAUCCAUAAGAGAUGCAGGCCACAAAUGUCCUGUAGACAAUGAAAUUCUGCUUGAAAAUCAGCUUUUUCCUGACAACUUUGCCAAACGGGAAAUCCUUUCAUUAAUGGUCAAAUGUCCCAACAAGGGCUGCAGCAUGAAGAUGGAGCUCAGGCACUUAGAGGACCACCAGCUGCAGUGUGAUUUUUCCACUGUGGAAUGCCUGCAGUGCCAAGGAACCUUCCCAAAGAACCGUCUGAAGGAGCACAUGACCCAAGAGUGUCCGAGGCGUCAAGUGUGUUGCCCAAACUGUGCCACAUCUAUGGCCUAUGAGGAUAAAGAGCUUCAUGACCAGACCUGCCCACUUGCCAAUAUAUAUUGUGAAUAUUGCAACACGGUGCUCAUCAGGGAGCAGAUGCCUAACCAUUAUGACAAUGAUUGUCCUACUGCCCCAGUGCCAUGUUUUUACAGUGCCUUUGGGUGUCCUGAAAAGAUGCAAAGGAAUGAACUGGCACGACAUAUGCAGGAGUUCACUCAGGUUCACAUGAGGAUGAUGGCUCAGAGUUUUCAGAACAUCAGUGUUACUGCUGCAAAUCCUGUACCCUUCCUCAAUGGCCUGCCCUUUGAGCCUGCCCUCUUCUCACACGUGUCACAUGCCGCAUACAACUGCAAUCCAGAAGUUGAAAACUUCAAGGAAACUAUUCAGCAGUUGGAAGGUCGUCUGGUGAGACAAGAUCACCAAAUCAGGGAACUCAUUGCUAAAAUGGAGACUCAGAACACUCACAUGGCAGAACUCAAACGUACUAUACGAAAUUUGGAGGGAAAGAUUACUGAAAUGGAGGCACAACAAUGUACUGGUAUUUAUAUCUGGAAGAUUGAGAACUUCAGUGGACUGCAGAAAGCCCAGGAAGAAGAGAGACCUGUAGUGAUACACAGUCCCGGCUUCUAUACGGGGAAGCCUGGCUACAAGCUGUGCUUGCGCCUGCAUAUCCAGUUACCAAAUGCUCAGCGCUGUGCUAAUUUUAUCUCUCUGUUUGUGCACACUAUGCAAGGGGAAUAUGACAGCCACCUGCCCUGGCCUUUCCAAGGCACCAUUCGACUUUCUAUUUUGGAUCAAUCAGAAGGCCCAGAAAGGCAGAACCAUGAAGAGGUGAUGGAAACCAAGCCAGAGCUACUGGCCUUCCAGAGACCGACAAUUCACCGCAAUCCGAAAGGUUUUGGUUAUGUGACUUUCAUGCACCUGGAGACCUUGAAACAGAGAACCUUCAUCAAGGAUGACACGCUCCUGGUGCGCUGCGAGGUACUCACGCGCCUGGACUUGAACAGUGUCCGCAGAGAAGGCUUCCAGGCCCGCAGUACUGAUGGAGCCAUGUAGCCUGCAAGUCUUAACAGAGCAAUGGAGCUUUGUUCGUGUUUUUCCACAUGGAUCACAAAACAGCUUCAUUGUCCACAAAGGCUGGGUUUGUAAAAGAUCGUAGUUUCCAACACAGUUGAUCUUCACCUGAAUGGAACUUUGUUGUUGCUGGUAUAUUUUUCUCUAUAUGAGGUCCUAUGUUUAAAUAUUUGGUAAGGUUCUCUCUUAAAAUAAUAAGCUACUUCUGUAGCAAGCUAAACAAAUGAAGUGUGAAUCAAAACUUAACUGCCUACAGGAAAACCCUAUUGCAGAACCUGUGCAUCUCAGCUUGGUAAAACUUUAGUCAUAUCAAAUAGACCUGUAAGUCUUUUCACCUCAGUGCCUUGGAAUAGAUGCUGUUGCAGGGAAGGAACGAAAUUAAUAAAGAUGAGGGAUUUUUUUCUUUUUUUACUUUUCACAGAGCUUGGGAAAGUAGAGACAGUUUCUGUAUUGACUUAUCUAGAAUUUUGCAUUGGCUAUGUGUCUCUUGAAGUUUGAAGUUAGGGUUAAGACUUUGUUCAUGUCACCAAGGGUUCAGAUAUGCUUUGACCCAUUCCUCCUUCAGGAAGUUGCAUGUUGAUGCAGAGUUGAUGUUGGUAUUUCCAAAAGAUACGAGGUAAUGUUGUGGAGAAGGCUAAAUCACUCUGAGCUGAGUUCACUGAAGAAAUAUUUGUAAUGUGGUCUGAAGGUGCCUCCCUAAUUCUCUUUAUUUUGAUAAAUCUUUCUAGAAGUGUGUGCUCUAGGCCCAGAAUGUCAACCACAAUCAUCAAGAGAUAUGAAAGUUUAGCAUUUGAAUGAAAUCCCUUUGUGCUGGUGGGAUCUCCUAGUGCUGGACAUGUUUCAGGUUGUGAGUGCAGACAUGAGCAAAGGGAUGUACUGAACAGAGAGGGUGAUGCAGAAUUUGUUUUACUGUUGUUGAAACCCGAAUUUGUACCAAAGCUGAACUUGUGGCCAGCAUCUGUUCAAGUGAUCUCUUGGUGUUGUGGGUGAUGUACCCAAGUCAUCCCCUGUGGGCAGCUGGCCAUAUCAGCAUCCAGCUGCUGUGGGUAUUUCCUGUCCCUUUAGACAACAGGAGCUGGGCCAACUCAGCAAUCUGGAUGUUAAGGAAAGCCUAUUAAUUCAGCAUUGUGAGGAAAAAUUGUAAUCCUGUUUGCUUUUAGGAAGAAAAUCUGGCUUUCAUAGUUACUGCUUUAUCAAACACUAGAUUCACUGUGUCAAAGAGAUUCCUAAUGCUGUGUGUAGUAUUGUUUUCUGUACUGAUUGUAUGCCAUGUAAAUGUUAGUUUUGACCAGUCAAAGCUGGAUAGUUCAAGUACACUGGUGCUAAAAAUUUUAACUUUCAUGGUGCUGAUAAAGCUCUGAAUCUUGUCUUUAAAAGGAGGGAAGAAAAAAGUUUUGUUCACCCCAUAACCUAAGUACAUGUCCAGAUACUGAAGAAAGAACUAAACGAUGCAUGAGCUUAUGUGUAUUAUUUAUCCAAGCUAGUGAAACAACCUAAAGACUGGAGACACUGCAGCUUAAGAGAUACUGAAGAGUGUUCCAACUAUUUGGCAUCAUCAAAGCAAUACCAGUGGGGAAAGGGCACAUUGCUUAAUAUAAACAAGACUAAAGAAAGACUACCAUACUUUAGUGUUUGGGAGGAUACUCUGCCUGCCUGCAUGAGAGAUAAAAGCUCCAGGACCCAAACUACCACUUUGUUCAUUAUAUCCAAAUGAGUAAAAUUUCUUCUGCUAGUAGAACCUAUUAGAUGGAAGAGGGAUUGUGUUCAAUGGAGUAUUGUCACUACUGAAACAUGGAUUUCCUGGCUAAUGGUAAAUAUAGUUAGUUGUUGGUGACUUAAGUUAAGUUGAUUCUCUGUCAUUAGGGGACAGGUGAGCAUGUUUCUCAAAAUAGGGAAAGAUCUCAGUUUUAAAACCAAAGUAGAUUUUAUAAUGAGUAGCCUCAUCCUAGCAGCUGAAUUGUUCUGGAGUGUCUGUAGUUGGAGCACUCCCAUUAAAGCCAUUCCUAACCAAGAGCUGUCAAUGUCCAUGGCAGUGCACAGAGCCACUCUGCACAGAAGGCACUGUUCACAUGUUCUCCAUUUUCAGGCUGUGUUACCUAGUGGUGUUUGUUCAAGAUGCUCAAAAACUGCCAUUCUCUUUUGUUUCCCUUCUUGUUUUUUUGUGGGGCAGGAGGGGAGGGAGGGGGAGAAAAAACACUUAUCAUUUGAGAGCUUCUUCCUACUCCAGGUCCUUCCUCAGCCCUGGAAAUAGAAAAUGUCUUUGAAUAGAAAAGAAAAAUGUCCUUAUUGUCUGUUCAGCUUAUUUGUACCCAAGACCCACUAAAUGCAUUAACACUUUCUUUGCUUUUGAAGAUUUGCGUUUUGAAUGGAAUUUUUGCUUUGAGUCUUAUCUGCUAGAUCUGAUGUACUUCUGCCUCUGAGGAGGAAACUCCCUGUGGUGGCAGCGUUUAAAUGAUUCAGGUUAAAAUUGUACAAUAGCACAAGCCAAUAGGGAAUAGAAGGCUACUGCAUGUGUAGUUCUGUAUUGGCCAUAGUAAUAUGGAUGCUUUAUUCACUGCUGCUAUUCUACUGGUUUUAUAUUUUUAUAUUACCAACUAGAACUCUGAGUGAUGACAAAUUACUGUAAUAUCAGAGUAUUACAAGAGAGACUGUCAGAGCUAAUUUUCUAAGUAUCAGUUAAAUCUUACUGUCAUAAAAAAGACUAUAUAAAUGUUAAUUAAAUAUUUAUUCAUGUACUUGUUCCAUUUUCCUUUCCCCUUUCUACAAACCUUCUUUUGAAAACUUGUUUUACCAUGGUGGACUGAGGUAUAAUUGCUAGAACGAUUUAAAUGGAAGGAGAAAGGUCCACAGCAUUGACUUGUCACUGAAUCAAAGAAACAUUUUAAUUAACCCAUGUCCUGUGUAACUUGUUCAGCAGUGGGGUUUCAUUCUGUAAAUCAAUGCUUUGCAGCAUUACUAGAUCUCAAGGUGGUUUAAAAAGUGUCUUAGCUUCUUUUAUCUUCUGAAUUUCUGUUAUCUUUAACAUGGUAAGUCGCCCACUCUUAGUACGUGUAUUUUCAGAGCUGCUAUAGCACAAAUUUUCCAAUUAUAAUAUAUUAUGAACAUGUUAUCUCUUUGCCUCUGAAUGUCUUCCCCUGCAGGGCAGGGAAAAUUAUUUUGCUAAAAAUGUUGGUAUGUAAUGUAUAUGUGGGAGCUCAGAUAAUGUGAGAUGUGUAGAGUUGUUUUUUAAGCAGUUUCAUGAUGUGUCUGGUCAUGUUUGCUAUCAAGGGAUUCAGCUUGCUAAUGAAAUGAAAUCAGGGUGACCGUUCUGUUCUUAUUUAGAGAUGGCAGCAGACCAAAUACAUUGAUGAUGGAUGCAAAAGAUUAUUCUGUGUCAAUGUUAAAGGUUUGUAUUGGUUUGCAUUUGAACAAAAUGAGAGUACUCCUGUUCCCUUGGAUGAAUUGAUUGAUAGUUUAAUAUAUUUUGUAAUUAAUGCACAGCUAUAUUUCUGACAGAACUUUAAAAAAUAAACUAAUUAAACUGUG